AUGUCAAACCCGGGGGAUACACCAUUACAUUGGGCGAUUUUGAAACAGAACGAGAAAGCAGUUAAAAAAUUAUUAGAAGAAGGGGCCGAUCUAAUGGCAGAAAAUGAUAAUCAUCAAAAUCUUUUACGAGUUGCAGUCGAUUUAAGCGGUUAUAAUUUAAUAGAAAUCAAUCUUUUGAUAGAACAUAUCUCUGAAGAUAACAUAACUGAGGAAGCUUACUUAAAAUUCCUCAAUGAUUUGGUCGACGAUCGUCAAAAUAUUCACGCUCAAAACCUUUUGAAGAGGUGUUUAACAUUUUCUUACAUAAACAAAUCUUAUCCUACACGUCCUUCAAACUGUCUAUGGGCUGCAGUGAGAAUUGAUCCUUUCUGUGACGUUGUAAAAAAUAUGCUGAAACGUGGAGUAAAUAUUAAUUACAGCCAUGGUGACGAUGGAGAUUACCGAACAGCCUUACAUAUUGCUUGUGAGUGUGAUAAUAGUUCUAUGGGUGAAUUGUUACUGAAAAAUGGAGCUGCUGCAAGUUUUAACGACAGGUGGCCGUUCAAUAAUAUUAAUUUAUGUCUAAAUUUGUACAAAAGCGCAGUAGCUACGCGACACAACGAAAUUAUAGUAGCUCUUCUCGAUCGCGGGAUAGACGUUAACAGUCGAUUACCAGGUUCUACUUGUUCACUACUACAUAGAGCUGUGGAAGUUAACAAUAAAAAAAUUGUUGAAUUACUGAUCAGCAAAGGCGCGUAUGUCAAUAUUGAAGGCUACUUGGGUCAACAGCCAAUUUCCAGAUUAGUCGAUAUUUUGACAGAACAUAUCUCUGAAGAUAACAUAACUGAGGAAACUUACUUAAAAUUCCUCAAUGAUUUGGUCGACGAUCGUCAAAAUAUUCACGCUCAAAACUUUUUGAAGAGGUGUUUAACAUUUUCUUAUAUAGACAUAUCUUAUCCUACACGUCCUUCAAACUGUCUAUGGGCUGCAGUGAGAAUUGAUGCUUUCUGUGACGUUGUAGAAAAUAUGCUGAAACGUGGAGUAAAUAUUAAUUACAGCCAUGUUGAUGAUGGAGAUUAUAGAACAGCCUUACAUGUUGCUUGUGAGUGUGAUAAUAGUUCUAUGGGUGAAUUGUUACUGAAAAAUGGAGCUGCUGCGAGUUUUAACGAGAGGUGGCCGUUCAAUAAUAUUAAUUUAUGUCCAAAUUUGUACAAAAGCGCAGUAGCUACGAGACACAACGAAAUUAUAGUAGCUCUUCUCGAUCGCGGGAUAGACGUUAACAGUCGAUUACCAGGUUCUUCUUGUUCACUACUACAUAGAGCUGUGGAAGUUAACAAUAAAAAAAUGAUUGAAUUACUGAUCAGCAAAGGCGCGUAUGUCAAUAUUGAAGGCUACUUGGGUCAACAGCCAAUUUCCAGGUGUUUUAAACGCGUUACACAUUUUGACUGCCUUUUUGAGAGAGAAUUUUCGCCCGAGAGAGUUAGAAAUCAUUGGAAUUUUUAUGAAUUUAUUGAGCUUAUUUCUCAGCAUAUGUUUAAAAUGAGGCUUCCGAAUCAGUUCGUCAAUGGAAAAGACUAUCAAAAAGUGAUGGAAAUGGCUAGAAAUCCAUAUCGGUAUGAAGAAAAGUACAAAAAAAAAUCGAAAAGAUGA